AUGACCCAUAGCAUUCAACCAACUCCUGGGCCAUAUUUAAACUGUCCAAUAGCGUUCCACCAACUCCUGUACUUCCUCCUGGACAAACUCUCCUUCACUGAGAUCUGCUACAUCUCUUCCACCAUGCCCAAGAUGCUGUGGAAUCUCCUUUCUGGAGAUAAGGCCAUUUCCUUCACUGGCUGCCUCUUACAGAUGUAUUUCUUUGUUGCCCUGGGGGGCACUGAGUGUGUCCUCCUCUCGGCCAUGGUUUAUGACUGCUAUGCUGCCAUCUGCCACCCACUGCGCUACAUUAUCCUCAUGAGGAGAUGCAUGUAUGCCUGGCUUCUGGGGGCCUUGUGGUUCAUUGGCCACCUGAACUCUGUCAUCAAUACUGCCAUGGUCUUCUCCUUGAGCUUCUGUGGCACCGUCGAGAUCCACCACUUCUUCUGUAACAUCCCACCCCUGCUCCAGCUCUCCUGCUCCGAUACUUCCCUGAGCCAGCUGGUGACCUUCUCUGUCUCAGGGUGUGUCAUCAUCCUCCCCUUCUGCCUGACCCUGCUCUCCUACCUCCUCAUCCUCUCCUCCAUCCUGAAGCUGCCCCUCUUCCUCCUCUUCCUCAUUGUGUACACGCUGACACUUCUGGGGGAUAGCUUGCUUAGUCUCAUGAUUUGUGUGAACCGCCGCCUGCACAUGCCCAUGUACUGCUUCCUCAGCUACCUCUCACUGGAGAUGCUCAUCACCACCACCAUCACACCCAAGAUGCUCAGCAUUCUCCUUGAAAAUGUUACCAGGACUAAGACAGAAGCCAAGUGUAACCAGUAG